AUGGGCAGCACCCACCGUCGUCGCCCGGAAGAAAAAUGGAUCGAUCCGCCUCUGCGCAAACUACUCAACCAGACUGAACGAUGCACUGGAACAAAACCAGCAUCGGCUUCCAAGCCCUUAGGACACCUUCACGAAACUCAACAGAGGAGGCUAUUUUUCACAGCUCGACUUAGCCGAAGCGUAUCUCCAAUUGGAAGUGGACGACGUCUCAAAGCAGCUACUCACUAUCGGCGCGCACCGUGGAUUGUAUCGCUUUAA